CUCCCUGUAGAGAGACAGACGGACUGAAAGACAGACGAUCAGAUUCACCUUCAGACCAAACUAACACCUUCCUCUGAGUUCAGCUACAGGAGAGAAAAGAGGGAGCUACAACACUGCUGCUUCAACCUGCUGACCCCCCCACCCUGAAGCUCCACUCAGAGACAACAUGGCUUCCAGGUUAGAGGAAGACCUCUGCUGUCCGGUCUGUCAGGAAGUCUUUAGAGAUCCUGUCAUCCUGUCCUGCUGCCACAGCUUCUGUAGAGCCUGUCUGCAGAACUGGUGGAGAGAGAAACGAAGUCGAGAGUGUCCAGUUUGUAUGACAGAAUCUUCAAGAGGAGAACCCCCCUGUAACCUGGUGCUGAAGAACCUGUGUGAGGCCUUUCUUACUGAGAAAGGUCAGAGGUCUUCAGAGUCUCUCUGCAGUCUGCACUCUGAGAGACUCAGACUCUUCUGUCUGGACCAUCAGCAGCCAGUGUGUCUCGUCUGCAGAGAUUCAAGAACACACACCAACCACAGAAUCAGACCCGUGGAUGAAGCUGCUCAGGAUCUCAAAGAGGAGCUCCAGAAGUCUCUGCAGCCCUUACAGGAGAAACUGAAGCUCUUUGAAGAAGUUAAAGUGAAGUUUGAUCAGCCAGCAGGACACAUGGAGGCCCAGGCCCGACGCACAGAGCUGCAGAUUAAGGAGCAGUUUAAGAAGCUUCACCAGUUUCUGGAAGAGGAAGAGGAGGCCAGGAUGGCUGCACUGAGGGAGGAAGAGGAGCAGAAGAGGAGGAUGAUGGAGGAGAAGACGGAGGCUGUGAGCAGAGAGAUAGCAGCUCUUUCACACACAGUCAGAGCCACAGAGGAGGAGCUGAGAGCUGAAGACUUCUCCUUCCUGCACAACUACAAGGCUGCAGUGGAGAGGCUGCAGCGCCCCCUGCUGGAGGAUCCACAGCUGCCCUCAGGGUCUCUGAUAGACCAGACCAAACACCUGGGCAACCUCAGCUUCAACAUCUGGAGCAAGAUGAAGGACAGGGUGUCCUACUCUCCUGUCAUCCUGGACCCAAAUACUGCUCAUCCAAACCUCAUCCUGUCUGAAGAUCUGACCAGAGUGAGAGCAGGGAGAGAGACAGAACUUCCUGAUAAUCCAGAGAGGUUUGAUCAUUACCGCUCUGUCCUGGGCUCUGAGGGCUUUACCUCAGGGACUCACAGCUGGGAUGUCCAGGUUACAGACAGUACAGUCUGGGUACUGGGUGUGUUAGCAGAGUCUGGUCAGAGGAAGGGAGUUAUACCGUCUGGAUUAUGGAGAAUAGGUUUCUAAGGUAAAUACUCAGCAGGUUCUCCAUCAGAUCCGCGCACUCCUCUCCUCCUGCAGAAGAAGCUCCAGAGGGUCAGAGUGAAUCUGGACUGGAACAGAGGAAAGCUGUCGUUCUCUGAUCCUGACACUAACACACACAUACACACCUUCACACACACUUUCACUGAGAGGAUGUUUCCAUACAUUAUCAGUCUGGAGGAAGUGAAGGUAUCACCAGUGGAGGUGUGUGUGACAGUGGGUCAGAGCAGCUAGAGAUGAUUUUAGCUUUUGAGGUUGUUUACUUAUUGUUUUUCUUAUGUUCUUGUUGUUUAGUUUGCAUUUUGGUGUUUAGUUUGCAAUGUUCCUUGUCUGGAGUUUCUUUUGAAUGUAAUGUGUUAUGAACCUACAGCAGGAUUUCUUUUCUGAAGCUUCAUCGCCCUCUGCUGAUCAGACUGUGUUUUACUGAGCAGGAUUAAACUGUUGUAAACAUUGAGGGACGAUUUGAUCUAAUCAUAUUUUAGUUUAAUUACCUCAUGACAUAAUUCACUCAAUCACAUUAUUGUUCUUGUCAUGAAUAUAGUUUUAUGAAUAAUUACAUUUACGGCAUUUAUAACAUACUAACGUGUAAAUAUGUUUUGACCUUUCAACUAAUUGUUAAACCAAGAGGAUGAAUUUCAAUGUCACCAUAAUUUCUGUAAAAGAACCAAAUAAAGAUGUUGGAUAAUUUAUUAAAACAGUUUCACACAAUCA